AUGCGUUUUCUCUGUCUUCAUGGGCUUGGCGCCAACAGCCAUGUGCUCGAAACCCAAUUCUCCGCUAUUCGCUACGAGAUGGACCGCCACCAUACGUUCCAUUUCGUAGAGGGAACGGAACUCGUGCCCGCCGCAGCGGCGGCCGACAGCGUGUCGCGCGCGCUUGUCCAGCUCCACAAGUAUCUCGCGGAAGAAGGCCCCUUUGACGGCGCAAUUGGCUUUUCACAAGGCGCGGCCCUCAUCGCCAUGUAUUUACUGCAGUGCAGUCAAGACAGGCCAAACCAACCGCUUCCUUUUCAAUGCGCCAUCUUCUUUUCCGCCAGCAGGCCCUUCGACACUGCUGCGCUGAAGGAUGGAAUUGUGCAAUGGGCGGAGGAGCCGACUGGAACAGAUGGCCCACGCCUCAACCUUCCGACCGCACACAUCUGGGGAAGUAAGGAUGUAGAAUAUCGAGGACAGUGCAAAGUACUGAGUGGGAUGUGCGAUGAGGCUAGGCGAUACACGUUUGUCCACGGAGGGGGCCAUGAAAUCCCCGGUCCGAGAGCAAAGGAAGAUAUGCAUGGGUGUGUCCGAGUGAUUCGUCGCAUUAUCGAGAGGGCUUCAGUGGAGGCCUGA